UGUUUCUGAAAGUCUAAACCUAAAGCUUCUCUUCCUUGUCUUCACACCUUCAUUUACCAAUCGCACUUCUAGACGAGAGAGAUAGAAAGAGAGAUGGCAAGGGACAGCUGCCUAGCUAGAAUAACCGCCGGAGUCGCCGUGGGUGGUGCUGUUGGAGGCGCUGUCGGUGCUGUUUAUGGAACUUAUGAAGCUGUUAGGUACAAGGUUCCGGGACUUAUGAAGAUCAGAUAUAUUGGACAAACAACACUCGGGAGUGCAGCCAUUUUUGGUCUUUUUCUUGGGGCUGGGAGCUUGAUACAUUGUGGGAAGUCGUAUUGAGAAGAGUUCUUUUGAUAUUUGAAAAUAAUAAAUAUUAGUUGCGACUUUGAUAAAAUCUUAUUGCUCAUGUGCACAUUCUCUUAUUAACUUUGAAAUUAAAAGUCAAGCACUUUUAUUGCUUU